AGACGCCAUCUUUGUCUUAUUCUAGCACCUUCCCAGGAACCAAACAUCGAGAGUCGUUUCGGAAAUAUUUAAUGUGUUCUGUUUACAGACCUGUCUUGGCAGUUCCAAGUCUUGUGACAACCCAGAGUCGCUCCGCUCCUUGGGUUUUGCAACGUUUACGAAGUCACUGGUACUUCCCUCGAGAAAGGCCGAGGUGUUGUGUGGCUAUGAGUAAAGUGGUGGCUGUAAACACAGAGGAAAACCAGGGUUGCGGCAAAAAGACUCCGGAGCUGUCGUUCAGCGCCGUUCCCCCCGAGAUGUUGGAAGAGUUUCUGUUUCAUGUGGCCAAGGAGAAUGAAAAUAACCUGCUGAACCUUUCUCAUCACGCUGGCUGUUUCAAAAAGACAACCUUAAUUGAAUUUGUUUUCCUUCUUUGUGAGCAACUGGGACUUCAUCAGGUUACAAGAUAUCAAGCUGUGGAGCUAUUGGAAAGGUUUAUGAUACAGUACAUUGAAAAACUGUAUUCAUCUACAUGUGCAGGAUCUGAGAAAAAUGCAGAAAAACUUGAUUGGGAACAAUUGCAGGAUAGAAUCCAAGAGCAUUUUGUACUACGGAUCAUGUCGUGUGUUCAAAUAGCAAGCAAAAUCUCAUUCCACUACCAGAUUGUUAAUAUUAGCAUGGCCUUGAAGUUUCUCCAGUCACUCGGUUACUCAUAUAAGAAGGAAGACUUUCUGGAUUCAGAACUACUUGUGCUUGAAACUUUGAAUUUUCAAGUCAACGUCCCUUCCCCUUUCACUCACACUGAAAUACUAUUAGAAGUCAUGGGGUACAAUGAUCCAUCAGUUCCAGUUAAGUAUCUACACUGUAUUUCCCUAAAGGUGCUUAAAUUUGUUUACCUCAUGAGAAACACCAUCUAUGAAAAUUUACUAAAAAUUGCAAUUGAAAAUGCUAUACCUAGUGAACUUCAAAGAGCAAAGUUUUUGACUGUAAAGGAAGAUUGCAUGCUUCUAGCUGUUGGGGUCAUUGGAACAAGUGCAUUCAUACUGAACUACACACCAUGGUUCAAGGUUGUGCAGCAGCUGGCUUCAAUUAGUGGUGUAACACAAGAAAGCAUCUACAAGAUGCCACGAGGCAACAUGGAUCUAGUCAGAAACAAAUGUGCAAGAACAAGCCAAUUGACUUGGCCUCGGGUCUUCCUUCCCUGCUUGUGAUGAAGUUCAAAGUUCCAUCUCUAUACAUGAUAUAUCAUUUUGCAUCAAAGCACAUGAAACACAAAUUCAGUCCAUCAGCAUGGCAAAAUCAAUAUAGUAGUUGCCAUUUGAAAGUGGAAAGAAGAGUUAUAACUUGAUUUAGUAUUUAUAAAGUUAAACUACAUGUACUGACCGAGCAGGAGGAAUAUAUUUUCGGGAAACGCCAUCUGGCUUAUUUUCUGUGCAACCUUCCUGAAAAAUAAAGCAUCUUAAAUGAAGUCAAAAUGAAGACCAACUGAUAUAUCAGAGAUAAUGGGAACUGCAGAUGCUGGAGAAUCCGAGAUAACACAAUAUAGAGCUGGAUGAACACAGCAGGCCAGGCAGCAUCUUAGGAGCAUAAAAGCUGAUGUUUCGAGCUGAGACCCUUCAUCAGAAAAGGGGGAGGGGGAAGAGGGUUCUGAUGUAUGUUUUGUGCAACAACUUAGUUGUGAAACUAUAACACCCA